AUGCUGCUGCGAGCAGCACUGGCAGUUAGGCUAGCUCGAAGGAGGUGUCGUCAGAGUCAGUCGCCCACCCACGGAGCCAUAUCCACACAGCCCAUUGCUGCCAGAAGCGCAGAUAGACUCUCUCAACUCAUCAAAUUCAAUCGCCGAACCACAGCUUCCUUCCAGAAGCCCGAAAUUAUCUCGAGACUUGCUGCUCGCGAGGCUCACUCAGGAAAGCACGCUCCGUCGUUGUUUCACUCUCCUGAGGAACACUCUCUGGACUUCUCCGGUGGAAGAGUGACUGUGCCCUAUAACGAGGAUGCCGGAGCCAAGCGCCGUGUGGUUAGUGGACAUCAGCAAGAGCAUCGAAUCCGCCGUUGGCGCCCUCGCUCGCGCCAACCUCGAUGCGAAGCGCCAUAAUGGCAGAGUACAGCUUGUACUCGUUACAGUCACUGCUGGCAUGAGCGGGAGUGUCUCGCCAGCGCAUGGCAUGGCGGGCAAGGUGUCGUUCGCCCGGCAGCUGCAGGCGCAGACCAUCCAGGCCGAGGAGGAGUGCUACCCCACCCCUGGCCGAAAGCACAGCGGCGCAGAGCCUGUCUCGCCCUCGGCGCGCCCAGCCAUAACGAUGCACACAGAGGCAGCGGACGGGUGGGAGCGAGGGCUCUGCGUGGCGGCAGUGAAGUUCAAGGCGCAACGCCUUUACAUCAGUGACACACACCCGCCUAAGAAAGCCAGUCGGCGCCUAUUCAGGAAGCACGACCCGUCGCCCAUCAUGGACUUCCCUCUCGACCUCCUCCCCUCCUCCUGUACGCUCCUCAUUCCCAAGGCCGACAAGACCAUCACACUGCAAGGCCUCCUCAACGCAUCCGCACCGUCCAUCGAAACCCUCCUCCUGAUCAACGGCUCUGGUGCACCCUCAGCGCUGCACAGCUUCAACGGCAGCAGGGGCCCCUCUCCCUCCCGCAAGGGCCUGCCGCCUCUCUCCCCUCGCGGCUUCGCCCCGCGGCUCUUCUCCCCGCGCACUGCAUCCCCCAGCGAUGCCGAUUCCCACCGUCCCGUCCCCCACCGACUGGAUUCCCAUGAGGGUUACCAUCGAGACGGUUACCAGCGGCCUGGGCUGCCGCCGUCGCCACCAGCUGUAUGCUCGCCGUCCACCGCAGCAGCAGUGGCAUAUUCGGCAGCUCUGGCAUCAGGCUCACCCACACCCACAGCCCCGCUAGGAGCAUCAUCGUUAUCACCUUCAGCAGCCGCAGCAGCAGCAGGGGACCCUCGGGUGCAUCCGCCCUCCCCGCGCAUCCACUUCCGGCCGUUCAACGUGUCGGCGUCCUUCGCAUCGCGCUCCAUCAAGCGCCGCAUCCCCUCUGCGUCCAUGCGUGCCGCCUUUGUACGCCGCAUGCUCAGCCCCAGCGCACGGCGAGGGAGGGCUGGAACGGACGGCAUGGACGGCGACGACAGCAGCAGUAGCAGCACCCACCACUUCUUUAACCGCGCCAGAGGGCUCUCCCUCCGCGCCAGCCUCAGCAGUCAUAGCGCUGCUGGUGCCACUGCUGGUGCUGGUGCUGGCGACGAGGGCCCUCCGCGCCUGCAGAGGCAGAAAUCCUUCUCCAAUCUCGAGAGCCUCAUGGCUGCUGGCACGUGCUCUGGCACCUUCGCUGUUGGCUCCGGCGCUCCUCUCCUUGGCACCGGCGCUUAUGGCGAUGACGCUUCUACUGGUGCUGGUGCCAGUGCUGGCGGUGGUGUGGGUGCUUUCAGUGCGGCUUCGCUGGCUGAGGCGGCGCAGAGGGCAGCUAGGGCAGGGGCGAUGGGGGGGGGGAGGGGGCGCAGCAUGAUUCCGCAGUCGGAGCCACUGUGCUUGAGCAUGUCGGCCGCUGUGCUCAUGGACGACUCGGAUGACGAGGAGGAGGAGGAGGAGCGGGGGAGUCAGAGGGACGGGAGGGAGGAGAGUGGCAGUGAGAGGGAGGGAAGUGAGAGGGGGGGAAGAGAGAGGGCAGGGCGGUUGGCCCUGCCGUUCGGUCUGCGAGCCCGGCCGUCCACGCCACCCAAGUCCCCGGCAGCACGGUCCCUGGCCAGCUGCUCUGUGGGCAGCACCACCAGCAUCCCUGAGCUGGAGAACGAAGAGGCAGACGACGAGGGGGAGGAGGAGGGAGGUGGCGCUCAAGUGCGUCCUGCCACUGGUGGAUGCAUGAGCGCGGAAGGACGCGUGAGAGGAGGAAGCAUGGGAGGAAGAGGAGUCGUGGGGCCCUCUGGUUGUGGGGCGAUGGUACCGCCACCACCAUCCAGCCCACCAUCCGCACAGCCAACGUCUGACCAUUCCUCGAAAGGCUUCCCCACCAGUUCCUCUCCAGCCACUGUCCUCCCUGCCCUUCCCACCUCGCCUGCGAGCCCUGCCCCCUCCAAGACCCCUUCUACCUCUCACUUAAGCAAGGUGCUUACUAUCCCUAACCCCCUCCCGGCGGCCUCCAGUCUUCAGGUGCCCAAGUCGCCAUCCAGCCCUGGCCCCGCUCAGGCCCCCACCGCCCCUCGACUGCCCAAGGCGUUUUCGAAUCCCAGCCCUCCCAAGGCUCCUUUCAGCCCUGGGGUGGCGAAGUCUUCGUCGAGCACUUCCCUCCCCCAGCUGCCCUCCAGCCCUCUGCCUUCCUUGGGGGCCAUGCAGAUGCCCUCCACCCCUCGGCCUGCGCUACCCCCUCUGUGCAGCACGGCCCUGGGGUCGCCUCCGGAUCCGGCCUCACAGCCUGAGGUGGAGAGUCCUUGCAGCAUCAGCAGCCGCGGCAGCAGCAUCAGCAACCGCAACCGGGCCAGUUUCGAUGUGGCAGUGAGUGAGAGCUUCAGGGGGGAGGAGCAGGAGGAGGGCAUCACGUUCGUCACUGGAGAGUACUCAACCAAGUUUUCCUCCUCCAGCAGUCUCUCUGCCUGGUCACCCGCCCGCUCUGAGUCCAGCAGCAGCGCUCGCCUCUUCCGAACCUCUGAAUGCCGAGCCUCCAGCGAGUGCAGAACCUUCUCCCGAGCCGAGGUCCUCCAGGCCACCGACCACUUCUCUCCAAAAACCAUCCUCGGUAGAAGCGUCCUCGGCACUCUGCACAAGGGCACCCUCUUCGGCUCCACAGUAGCCGUGAAACGCCUUGAGCACGCAAGUGCAUGCGAGGAGGAGGAGUUUCAAAGGGAAGUUAGCAUCCUAUCCAAGGUCCGCCACCCCCACGUGGCGCUGAUGAUGGGGCAGUGCCCCGAGGAGCGCUGCAUCGUCUACGAGCACCUCCCCGGCGGCUCCCUCCACGAGCGCCUCAGCAAGAACCCCGCCAAGCCGUGGGCCCCGCUGACGUGGCAUGACCGCAUCCGGAUCUCGUGCGAGCUGGCAGCGGCGCUAGUCUUUCUCCACUGCCACGACCCGCCCAUCGUGCAUGGGGACCUGCGCCCGGAGAACAUCCUGCUGGACCGCAACAGGCGCAGCAAGGUGGGCGACGUGGGCAUUGCGCAGUUCGUGGGGCAGGGCGAGGUGCUGCCGGAGACGUGGCGGCUGUCGGGGUCGGUGAGGUACAUCGACCCCUCUGAGAUGCAGACAGGAGAGGUGACGGGCAGGAGCGACGUGUACGCGCUGGGGCUCAUCAUGCUGCAGCUGCUGCUGGGGCAGCCCAACAUCCGCGCGCUGCACAAGCACCUCAUGCCCUUCAAGCGCGCCGGGGGCACGGUGGAGGCGGCAGUGGAGGAGCUCAUGUGCUGCCUGGACCCUGCUGCGGGGAUCUGGCCGAGGAAGGUGGCGGAGAGGGCGCUGGGCAUGGCGCUGCUGUGCGUGAUGCAGGAUGCGGAGGCUCGGCCGGACUUUGUGGGGAGUGUGUUCCCCGAGCUGAAGCACGUUGGGCAGUGGGCAGAGGCGGAAAAAAGGCGGCGGUGCCCGGGGCAGGACGAGAAACUCAUGUGCCCGCUGAGCAAGACGCGAAUGCAGGAUCCUGUGAUUGCCCCCGAUGGGUACACCUACGAGAGGCGCUUCAUCGAGGAUUGGCUGAAGGAAAACACUGUCUCGCCCAAGACUGGCAAGCAACUGCCGCACAAAGCGCUGGUUCCCAACCUUACUGUACUUGCCUUUGUGAACAGCUAGUUAUGUACAAUACUUGCUAUGCUUUCGUGUGCUGUACAAUGCAAUGAUUCCGGACUGAUUGGGUUGGGUACACACAUUUUUUUGUA